UGGAAUGCUGAUGCACCAUGAUUCUCCAUGUGCGUGCGGCGUAGGGUGGUAAAACCUUGGGGGGUGUGAACUAGUGCUACGUGUGAAGGUGUUGAUGUCUGAUUUGAGGAUGUGGAAAGAAUAUGGUUCGUUUCUAACUUGAAAUGAAUACUAGUGUCGGGGGUAACUGUGAUAUUGAUAUGAUAUGAUAUCAGACUCUUCUUCUUCUACUCUCUUCUUCUUCUUGUGUUUAGGUGGUGCUUGAGAAACAGAAAUUAGAGAAAGAGUGAUGAGGAUGGAGAUGAAGGAUGGAACUGAAGCUCUCGUGAAUAACAACGGUCACUGUGAGGAAGAACAAGUUUCAAGCUUGAAGUUAUCUCAUCUGCUUGCAUCUAAAGAUCGUGAUUUUCUGCUUGCUCCAUCUGGGGCUCAGGUGAAAGUUUCUGAUCUUGAAGGGAAAAUAGUGGGUUUCCUAUUCGCUGCAAACUGGUACCCACCAUGCCGUGGAUUCAUCCAAUUACUCGCUGGUGUCUACGAGGACCUGAAAUCCAGCGUCCCUCAUUUCGAGAUCGUGUACGUGUCCUCUGAUGAAGACAUGGAUGCCUUUAACAGCUUCUAUGAAACCAUGCCGUGGCUUGCGAUUCCGUUCUCAGAUUUGGAAACGAAGAAAGCAUUGACCAGAAAGUAUGAUGUGGAGGGGAUUCCAUGCUUGAUCAUGUUGCAACCAGCUAAAGAUCACGUUAAGGAGGACGACGCAACGCUUCGCAAUGGUGUUGAGCUUGUUCAUCGUUAUGGGACGCAAGCUUAUCCGUUUAGCAAGGAGAGGGUUGAGCAGUUGCUGGAGGAAGAGAAAGAGAAGCGUGAAAAUCAGACUCUCACUAGUUUGCUGGCGAAUCAACAUAGAGACUAUGUUUUGAGUCACGCGGGGCGAAAUCAGGUACCUGUUGCAUCUCUAGUGGGUAAAACAAUUGGGCUCUACUUCUCGGCCGGAUGGUGCGUCCCAUGCUCAAAGUUCGCACCCAAAUUGAUUUCCGCAUAUCACAAAAUCAAACAAACACUAGCUGAAAAAGCAUCAUCAGAAGAAGAAGACUUUGAAAUCGUGCUAGUUUCUCACGACCGUGACCAAUCCACUUUCAACUCCUACUACAGCACCAUGCCAUGGUUAGCAUUACCCUUCGGAGACCCCGAGAUUAAGAACCUUGCUAGGCACUUCGAUGUGCAAGGGAUACCUUGUUUGGUAAUUCUAGGCCCUGAUGGCAAAACAAUGACAAUACAUGGAAGGAGCUUGAUAAAUUUGUACAAGGAAAAUGCGUACCCUUUCACUCGUGCUAAAGUGGAGCAGCUUGAGAAACAGCUUGAGGAAGAGGCGAAGGACCUUCCAACGUUGGUGUUUCAUGAGGGGCACCGCCAUGAUUUGAAUUUGGUGUCGGAUGGGAAUGGGGGUGGGCCUUUUAUCUGCUGUGUUUGUGAUGAGCAAGGUUCUAGCUGGGCUUACCAGUGUCUUCAAUGUGGCUAUGAGGUGCACCCAAAGUGUGUCACAACUGUGCACCGUGACAACAAUGUCUUGGUGGGCAGGGUAGGUAAUUAACUGAUGAUCAUAGGAAUUAACUUCCUAUACUACUUAUGACCUGCAGCAUGAUGUGUUAGUGCCAAAGGCAAAACUUUGCUUUCGUCUAUAUAUCCUGAUCUGAGCAGGGAUUGAAAUUCUCUGUAGAAUCAAUUAGAUUAUUACAUAUCUUUAUGGGUGGCAUUCUACUUGUUGCUGUUACUAUUAUAUGACUGAGAAAUAGAGCGUGAGAAAAGGGAAAGGGAAUGAAGAAAUUACUUGGGUGCUC